GGAAAAUUUUCAUAUUUCCUACUUCAGUCAUCCCGAAGAACUGUGGAAAGAAACUCCGCAUAGUUUCGCGCUUCUUUCGCCGUCUUCCUCAGUUGCUCCGAAGAAAUUUCCGGCGAACACGUCCAGCUUCGUAGAUGGACAUGGCGGAUUCAAUUCACAGAAGCAGCGUCUUCUCACGGCUUAAACCCUACUGCCUAGAGCUCUUCGAGCUUCUCCAGAACCCUAGCAAUCACAAUUCCUCCGCGAUUCCUUCACUGCUCGAAUUCCUCCGCGCUUGUUCCUCUACUGAUUUACAGCCUUUCGUCGACUACGCCUCUUUCCCACUGCUGCUCCUGCUCGAUGCGGCGGUCGAAUGCCGAUCUUCCAAGGAGGGUGAUCCUGAGAAGAAGAGGAAGAAGCUGUCUGCAGUGCCGCAUAGAGUGAGUGACAAAGUGGCAGAAGGCGUGGUGCUGUGCUUGGAAGAGCUUUUCCAGAAGAGUCGCUUUGGGUUUAUCGAUCAGAUGGUUCUAGUGAUGAAGAAAUUGACUCACGCAGCUAUGUUGUCUCCAUUGGAAGCUUCGGAAGAGUUUCGAGAGGGAGUGAUCAGGUGUUUCGGGGCUGUACUUAGAGGUUUACGUCCUUGUGCGGAUGAAGCUUGUUCGUGUAGGCAAACUUAUGGUGUGCCGGCAUUGGUAGAGAAUGGGGACGUUCAUUCUUUGGCUCUACGCCAGCCUUUGAGUUAUGAUACAGAAGGAAGUGAAUGCUUGAUUGCAUUUCUCCAGUCCCAUAAUGCAGCAGCUGCAAUUGGACACUGGUUCUCGCUUCUUCUGCAGGCUGCAGACACUGAGGCUGCACGAGGACAUAGGGGCAGUGCAAGGCUCCGAGUAGAAGCCUUUUCUACAUUAAGGGUGCUUGUUGCUAAGGUAGGUACUGCAGAUGUAUUGGCUUUCUUUUUACCUGGUGUCGUCAGUAAAUUCUCGAAAGUUUUGCACUCCUCAAAAACGAUGAUGAGCGGAGCAGCUGGAAGCAUGGAUGCAACUGACCAAGCAAUUAGAGCCCUGGCUGAGUAUCUAAUGAUAGUCCUGGACGACGACUCCAAUUUAACCUCCAGUACGUCUCGGAAUUCCACGGUGGACUCAGGUCCAGACAGUAAUGACUCUGUGGAGUCAGUUUUGGAUCAGCUUCGCCAAUUACCUAUCAGCACUCAGGGGGGUGUGAAGAAUAUGACUGAUGAGUCGAUGGGUGAAGCAGACAACUCAGUCGCUUGUCGGUCUGACUUUGAAAUGACCGGGGCUAUGAAAAGAAGGAAGGCCUCAGGAUCUUUGCACGUUGAGCGAACAACAGAUUGGUUACAGCAAACUUCAGCAAAUGUGGUUAAAUUGUUGAAUUCCACAUUUCCACAAAUUUGUGUUCAUCAAGCUAAAAGGUUGAGACGGGGACUGCUGGCUGCCAUAACAGCAAUGCUAUCAAGGUGCAGUUCUACUUUGAAGGAAAGUAGGUUGAUGCUAUUGGAGUGCCUCUUUGUCUUGGUUGUUGAUGACUCUGAAGAUAUUGCUGCAGCUUCCCAGGAGUUUCUUCAUCUAUUAUUUUCCACACCUUGUGGAAAGCACUCUCUAAAAACUGAUAUAGCUCAGAUUUUUGCAAGGCUCAUUGACAAGCUUCCAAAAGUAGUACUUGGAGGCGAGGAGUCGGCUGCUCUCUUCCAUGCACAGCAGUUACUUGUUGUCAUUUAUUAUUCUGGUCCCGAGUUUAUGCUGGAUCACCUCCAAAAUCCGGUGACUGCAGCAAGACUCUUGGAUGUUUUUGCCCUCUGUUUGAGUCAGAAUUCCGUAUAUACAGGCACUCUUGAUAAGCUUAUGUCGACACGCACAUCCUCGAUUAGUUUUCUUCCGUCUAUUUUGGAGUUAAGAGGUGGUCCUGUUUCUUCUAGUUACCAGAAUCUUAAGGAUAACUCUCGUGCUAAUGUGUCCGAUAUGAGUGUUAGUGAUGGAAAAAAAUUGGAGUACUCUUCUGAAACUCUGAAGAAUAGUUAUGAGCUUCCACGAAUGCCACCUUGGUUUGUCCAUGUUGGCAGUAAGAAGCUAUACGAUGCUCUAGCUGCAGUUCUCAGACUAAUAGGCUUAUCCUUACUAGCAGACCACAAUGAAGGACAUAUGGCAGUGAUAACAGACAUACCGCUAGGUCAUAUACGCAGAUUGGUUUCUGAGGUUCGCUCCAAGGAUUACACCAAUGAGAGCUGGCAGUCCUGGUGUAAUAGAAGUGGGUCUGGAAAAUUAAUACGCCAGGCCAGCACUUCCGCAUGCAUUCUAAAUGAGAUGAUAUUUGGUAUAUCUGAUAAAGCAGUUGAUGGUGUUACUAUGAUGUUUCAGAAGUCCAGGGUGAAGGGAGAAAGUAUGGUCUCUAUUUGGAAGGCUUCACAGAAAAAGGUCACCAAGAGUCACUUGAUCGAUUGCGUUGGAAGAAUUUUGCAUGAGUAUCUAUCUUCUGAAUUGUGGGUUCUACCGGUAGAUCAUGGAGAUUUAGUGGUACAAAGUGAUACAGAUGUUGAAAUAAGCUUGCACUUCUUCCGAGAUGCAGCUGCACUACAACAAGUUGCUAUUGACGGAGUAGGCAUCUUUGCUACCUGCAUUGAAAAUGAGUUCUCGUUGUGUGGGUUUCUUCAUUCCACUCUCUAUCUGUUGCUUGAAAACGUUAUUUCUGCUGAUAACCAAGUUAGAACUGCUUCUGAUGCUGUCCUGCAUAUUCUUGCUGCUUCAUGCGGGCAUUCAACGGUUGGAGACUUGGUCUUGACAAAUGCAGAUUAUGUCGUUGAUUCAAUAUGUCGGCAAUUGCGUCACUUAAAUCUUAAUCCACAAGUACCGAACGUGCUUGCUUCUAUGCUUUCCUAUAUUGGUGUGGCUCAUAAGGUGCUGUCUCUUCUAGAAGAAACGAUGUGUGCUGUUUCAAGGGAACUAGAGAUUCUUGGCAGACAUCAACACCCAAAACUGACCACUCCCUUCCUAAAGGCCAUAGCAGAAAUUGCCAAGGCAUCAAAAUCCGAGACUUCUUCAUUGCCAAGUAAUGCAGAAUUGUACCUUAAGGAUGUUAAGUCCAAAUCAUCAAGGUUGGAGAAGAAAGCGAGGGCUGAAUCCAGCCACAAACCAGAUGGCAAGUCUGAUAGUUGCCAAGGAGAAUCAGGUUAUUUGUGAACAGUUGGUAAAUCUCGAUGCAGAUGUUAAUUUCCUUAUUAUAAUGAAUAGAUUCAUGGAAUAGUAUUCUGCUUGUAGAACAAUGGGUGAGUAUUGUCUUCAAGUGGAGCGAAUCCAAAAGGUACAGACGAACAGUUGGGUCUAUUGCUGCGUCAUGCUUAUCGGCUGCAACCCCUCUUCUUGCCUCAAUGGAGCAGACAGCAUGCCUUGUGGCAUUGGAUAUAGUCCAGGAUGGCAUUGCAUCACUAGCGAAAGUGGAAGAAGCCUAUCAGUACGAGAAAGAAACCAAGGAAUUAAUUGAAGAAGUGGUGCGAUCUUACUCUAUUUAUGAGCUUCAUGAUACUAUGGAUGCUGCCGAUGAGGGGACUGAUGAGAACAGAUUGCUUCCAGCUAUGAAUAAAAUAUGGCCGUACUUGAUUUCAUGCGUUCGUAACAGAAAUCCUGUGGCAGUAAGGAAAUGCACAAGUGUGAUAGCCUACGUGGUGCAAAUAUGUGGAGGUGACUUCUUCUCACGCAGGUUCCACACAGACGGUCCAUGCUUAUGGAAGCUCCUCUCCUCAUCCCCGUUCCAGAAGAAGCCCGUCAAAGAAGAACGAACGCCGCUGCUCCUUCCUUACAGAAGCAAUCCUUCCACAGACGAGUCAUCCUCUAUGGCAGAGGUCUCAAACCUGAAGGUCCAGGUGGCGCUGCUCAACAUGAUCUCCGACCUGGCACGGAACAAGAGGAGCUCCACGGCGCUGGAGGUAGUCCUGAAGAAGGUCAGCGGUCUAGUGGUGGGAAUAGCUUGCAGCGGCGUGGCAGGGCUCCACGAUGCCUCGAUCAGUGCCCUUCAUGGACUUGCGUUGAUGGACCCUGAUCUUAUAUGGCUUCUGGUGGCCGAUGUCUAUUACUCCGUCAAGAAGGAAGGAGAAGUUAUUCCUCCGCCUGGAUCAGAUUUUCCGCAGUUGUCUCGGCUAUUGCCCCCACCGGAGAAACCCAAGGAUUAUCUCUAUGUGCAGUAUGGAGGACAGAGUUAUGGGUUUGGGAUAAACUUGGCUUCGGUGGAGAAAGUGUUCUUGAAACUACAUUCCCUGGCUUUUCCUGACCAGCUGUAUUUAUGACUUUUGAGAGGUCUAAAUCGUGUAUUACAGAAGUAGAAGUUGAGUCUUCACGACAGUGAGCCCCAAGGCAGAAAUACAAGGAGAUAUCACAUUCACAGCAUGAAAAGCUUACUAUGGACAGGGUUGAAGCCGAAACUGAGAAUCCUACAUGACUUAACCAGAAGUUGGAACCUAUUAGGCGCGUCAGUUGGGAGCAACGAGGGAAGAAGAGCACUUUGUUCGGACCUGACCUUGAGCUCCAGUCAGGACAUCGAGGUUGGACAUCUUCACUAUGGUUCUAGCAAAGUCCCUGUUGAAUUUCAUCAUCCCGUCCCGUGAUCACCAGAAGCAUAUAUAAUCCCUCAAGGUUUCACUUUUCAGAGUGUGAAGAUCAAAAGGGAAUAAGGAACGAAUUGGAGGAUUUGGGUGUUUAUAGUCGUCUUACCAAGAAGAGCAAUGGUUUCUUUCUUUCGCAUCAAAGCCUCUGCGAGCGAAGAAGUCGAGAGUUUGAGUGCUGUUGUUAUACGGACUGGGAAUCUCGGCCAUGGCUUCCGAGUAAUACGAUUCGGUGCUGUCCCUUCUUCCCGUAUUGUGAAUACGGGAUAGAACGAGCCGCCGGCCAAAACAAUGCUGUCUCUGGUGGCGAGGGGGAGAGUAUCGGCACAUGAAACGACGCCUGGACAAGCGCGCCUCAAGCUCUUCCUUGAUCAUUUCGAUCACGUCGAAGCCUUCCAAGCUUCUGUUGGGAAUGGCGUCCUUCUCAAUGGAACGGCUCGCGUUCCCAUUGCUGUCAUCGAGCAAAAUCGAAGCAUCGCAGCCCUGGAAAUGACCAACAAGUUGCAGAGAUCUUAGAAACUGCCAUUAACAUCAAGAUACAACAAAUCUACCGAGACUAAAUAAAUGCAGCAAUGGCGGACAGUAGAAAAGGGAUUGCUGCAAC